GGUCGUGGCGGAGCUGUGACGCAGGAGCUGAUAAACGUGGCGCGGGGGAUUGAUCGGUCGCAGUUUUGCAGGCCGCACAUCUCGACAGAGAGAGCACUGGAGGUGUUGGAUCGAUCCUGAAUCAACAGCAUGGGCAAAGUGCACUUUUAUACCCUCUGGUCUUUACGUGAAGCACCUCGACAGUUUAUACGAAAUGUCAACCGCACAACGUACCAGGUUCAGAUGCCGUUACCUUUACCGAAGAAGCUGAUCGUGUUUGGUUUAGGGGAAUGGUCGUCCUUCUCCAGUGAUACGGAGAUCUCUGUGGAGGUUCUGCUGGGUGCAGAGGUCAGGUCACAGGUCAUCGGGACGCUUUCACCUCACUCCAGGUGUCUGAUCUGGCAAGGAGUGUGGACUCCUGAGCUUCUCGCUGAAGCCACACAGAGAGGCAGGAGAGGAGUUUACGCCAAAGUCAUGCUCCGCAUCCGAGGACAGGUGAGGUCCAGCUUUAUCAGCAGCACUCCACGAAUAACAAGGAAACGUCUGGCGUUGAACCACUCCUCCAAUCCAUCCAGCACACUGCUCAGCAGCGGAGAGAGUCAUGAUAUCACCCAGAGAUCUGCUCCAGAGGGAAGCGUCAGCUGUGCAGAGCUGGGCAAAAGUCAAAUGGAGAUGCGAGAAAACACUCUUCUUCAGGGUGUGUGGCCUAUGGACAAAACUCCAAGACGCUCCAUUAUAGGAAUAAAGGGAUCUAUUUGGAGCUCUGAAGAUCCGGAAAGCCCUCAGAGUCCAAACCUAGUUUCAAGCCCAAAGAAGCGUAAACUGUGUAAAAUGUCUGCAGUAGAUUUCGAGGACGAGAUGACCGUCAAACGUGUGAAGAGCUGCAGGGCUGACUGUCCAACACAGCGCUGGAGCCAUGCCAUGUGUUUGAGUGAUCCUGAAACGGCCGUUCUGAUUGGUGGAGAGGCUGAUGACCAGGCCAGUUGUAAAGAUUCUAUAUGGAAACUUGAGAUUGAUAAUGAUUUCUGGUUCCCCGUGGACGUCUCAUCGUCUGAGGUCAGUCCUCCGAGCUCUAAAGGUCACUCAGCAACCUUUGAUCCUGAGUCUAAAGCUGUGUAUGUGUACGGUGGUCUGAGAGACGCUCAGCGAUACAGUGAUCUCUAUAUACUGGACACUAUAACUUGGAAGUGGAAGCUUGUUUCUGCAAAAGGAAAUAUACCGUCCUUGGCGUACCACAGUGCCACGUUCUAUAAGAAGGAGCUGUAUGUAUUUGGAGGAGUGCAGCCCAGCCGAUGUCCUGAAGGCAAGGUUUGCAGUAAUGCAUUGUACAUUUUCAACCCUGAACAUGGUCUGUGGUAUCAACCGAUUGUGGAGGGUGACCGUCCUCUUCCCAGGUUUGGGCACACCACCACGCUGCUGUCAAACAAGAUGAUCAUUUUUGGUGGGAGAAAAACUGCAACAUACCUCAGCGAUCUUCACAUCCUGGAUCUUGGCUUCAUGGAAUACACUGCUGUAAAAUAUGAGAACAUGCCACCAUUGGCCCGUGGGUUUCACGCUGCUCUACCCGUGUCUGACAACAGGGUGCUGAUCAGCGGAGGCUGCAGCGCUGUAGGAGCCCUACAGGACCUCCACCUCUUCAACAUAGAUACAAGCUCCUGGACAUCAGUGGUGUCUCCAUUGCUUUGCUCUAAGCCUCGUGCAGGCCACAGUCUGAUUUGUCUGGGCUCUACAAAGACUUCAUCUUCAGACCCGAGGGAUCGCCGUCAAAGCAAGAGCCUCUCUCUCCAGUGCACCAUCCUAGUAUUUGGAGGGUCAGAUUGUUCAGGAACAUUUUAUAAUGACACUGUUAAAUGCCCGGUUGAACUUCCUGUUUAGGGUCAGGGACUACAGGAUUUUUUUCUUAGAAAUGAAUCUAGGGUACAGAAAAAAACUU